CGCGGGCAUUCGGACGGACAGAGUAGUGUUCGGACGGCGUUUAACUAGCUUACCAAUACGGGAACAUGUUGACUGCCACAAACAUAGGAUAUGCAUUUAUGGUAUUUGCAUUGUCGAUAUUAUGGAUACCCUGCACGGGAGUUGAAAGUUUUUUGCAAGACUUUCAGCCUUGUACGUUCAAUCCUUUGUGUUCAUGCACCAAGUCAUACGACAGUUUGGGUGAAGUACAUUGUGUUGAUGUGUACUUUCCACGCAUACCACCGACUAUAAACCGUUCUAGGUUGUCGACACUUCAUCUUAGGAACAAUGACUUGGACAGCAUAGAGCCUUACUUCCUCGUCAAUACUGGUCUUUAUAAGAUGACAAUCCAAGACAAUCCAUUGCCAAAUUUAAAUGAUGAUUCUUUAUAUGGAUUAGAGCAUUCAUUAUGGGAACUAGAAUUAAUUAAUACUUAUUUAAAUUAUGUCCCAAGUCGGGCGUUACGAAUAUUAUUAAAAUUAAAAGUACUUAAUUUGUCAGGCAAUCAAAUAUCAGAGAUAAAGAUGGGUGAUUGGAAUGGAUUGGAGAAUACUCUUAGAGUUUUAAAGCUUGCAAAUAAUGCACUUACAUAUUUGCCAUACAGGGCUUUUGAUGGACUUAUGUUUCUAGAAACACUUGAUUUAUCUGGUAAUAUGAUUUCUGAAAUACAUGUAAAUGCAUUUCAAGACGGUCCAUUACAAUUAUACAGACUUAAUUUGGCUGAUAAUUUGUUGAAAUUUAUUCCAUACAUGCAUUUAUCGUCAUCAGCGAUGAAAUUUAUGAAAUAUUUGGAUGUUAGUUAUAAUUUAAUUGAAAAUACAAAAGGAUCAUUAUUAUCAGUAACAUCACGGAGUGGUGGAAGACACAAGUUUCUUCUAGACGAACUUCAUUUGGAAUAUAAUCACAUAAAAAUUUUAGAAAAACAAAGUUUGCAGAAUUUUGAAUCUAUAAAUAAAACAUAUUUUAAUGGAAAUCCAAUAACACAUAUUCAAGAUGGAGCAUUUCAAAACACUAAAAUUCGAGAGAUAUUUAUGGUCGAUUGUGAAAUCUAUAAUGUAUCAUCUGAAGCAUUCAAAGGCCUCGAAACAUAUUUGCAUACAUUGGACGUGUCAAAUAAUAACAUAACAGAAUUUCCUAUUAAAAAGUUACAGCAAAAUUUUAACAUGCUUAUGAAAUUAGGACUUGGAGAUAAUAAAAUAAAAAAUUUAUUUCCUAUUCAUAACGAGGUAACAGAAAAGAUAAUAAAGUUAAACGAGAAGAAAAAAACAAACGAAAAGAUCGUAGCUCGCGAGGAUAAUAAACAAAUUGCUCAAGAAAAAGAUAAUUACUAUCACGAAUUUUAUUCUUUGCAAGAUUUCGAUUUCUCUGGAUGGAAUAAUGGUCCGCUUCAAAUUAAAACCAUUAAUGGUUUUAAGUAUCUUCGCCGACUUUCUUUGUCAAAGAUGACCACAUCAAUUUUAGAACCAGAUAUGUUUAUGAAUUUUACUAUUGAUAUGGAGGAACUUCAGAUCACAAGGUCAGAUAUAAAAACAAUCAAGGCACAUGCAUUUAAGCAUGUCCAUGGACUAAAAUAUUUAGAUUUGUCUGAAAAUAUAAUAAGCACAUUGGAUUCUGAUGCAUUUAAAGAGAUUGGACAUUCUCUUCAAUAUCUUAAAAUGUCACACGCUUUUGCAUCUACAUUUAAACCAAUACCAGCGGAAGCUUUUCGGUAUUUGAAUAAUUUGAAAUAUUUGGAAUUAAGUAAUAAUCAUAUGCAAUAUCUUCGAGAAUCGAGUUUUCACUCUCAAACAAAUUUAAGGAUGUUAAAGCUACAAGAUUGCAUGAUAGAGACUUUGCACAAAGGGACAUUUCAAGGUGGACAAGAAGGAAGUCACAAUCAUCUGGAAGAAAUAUAUAUGUCAUUUAACUCUUUAAAAAAAAUUGAAGAAGGAUCUUUUGAUGAUUUACCAUCAUUGGGAAAGAUUCAUUUGGAUGGAAAUCGAAUAAAUCGUAUUGAAAGACAUGCUUUUACUAAUCUGGAGCGUUUAAGAUGGUUAAUUUUAAGAGGGAAUCAAAUUGAAAAGUUGGAGAUAGAAGCAUUUCAAAAUUUACCUUAUUUACAAGAACUAGAUUUGGCUUAUAAUUAUAUUAAGCACAUGGACUUUACAUUUUUAGAUCAAGUUGGAAUGCUUUCAUAUUUCCGUAUGAACGUUAGUCACAAUCUAUUAUCGAAACUAUCAUCCCAUUAUAAUGUAUCUACAAAGGACUUCUAUGUACAAUCAAAUAUUAGGGUUUUAGAUAUUUCAUAUAAUAACAUUAAAAGUAUAGAAGAUAAGUAUUUUUCUCCAAUGGAGUCAAGCUUAAGUUAUUUGUACAUGUCAUUUAAUAAUUUACAUCAAGUAUCUAGAAAUGUGUUUGGUUACUUAAAUAAUCUUAUAUGGUUAGAUCUUGGACAUAACAAUAUCGCUGAAGUUGGAUUUGAUUCCUUUAAGGGAUCUAAAAGACUACAAGUUUUCAAAAUAUCUCAUAAUCAUUUAGCAGAUUUACCUAAUGAUUUGUUUAAAGGAUUCACUGAACUUCGAUUAGUUGAUUUAUCAUAUAAUAAACUUCGAGUAUUACCAGACAUGUUUUUCAGCGAAGAUAAUUUAGAGGUAUUAAACAUGGCUCAUAACGAAUUGUCUCGUAUGCCCGUUUUAUCAUUUAGUACACAUUCUGCGGGCAUUGUACGUGAUAUGGAUUUAUCUUUCAACACAAUAACAGCAUUACCUGUUUUUGAAAUGUUUUCUAGGUUUAAAUCCUUAAAACGGUUAAAUCUUGCUGGUAAUCGUUUGGUACAUCUUGAAGAUUCAAACUUUGCGAGUUUAAUUCAUUUAACUUACCUUGACUUAAGUCAUAAUAAUGCAUUGAGUUUUGAAAAUAGAGGUCGUAUGUUCUUAGGCCUCGAACAGUCGCUUCAACAUCUUGGGCUUAAAAAUAUUUCUUUAACAUCCAUACCAGAAUUGCCACUACCAUCUCUUAUAAAUUUAGAUUUAUCUGGAAACCAAAUAUCAUCUGUUGGACCAGAAAGAGCUUCUAAUUUAUCAUCGCUACGGAAUUUAGAUUUAAGUCAUAAUGAAUUAAUUGGAUUUCCAUCUAUUAUUAUGAAUUUACCAGAGCUCAACAACCUUAAUUUAUCUAAUAAUCAUAUUUAUGAUUUGAAUAACAGUACUUUAAAUACUGGUGUUCAAAAGUUGAUUACUUUAGAUUUGAGUUAUAUGCCAUUUUUAUCAUUUGAAACUGGUGCUUUAAACAAAAUGACAUCUUUACAAACACUAGUAAUCAGUACAUUUGUUGGUAUUAAGGAUUUCAAUAUUCCUUCUAUAGUUUCUGACGUUCAUACUCUUAGAAAUUUGAAUCUUAAAGUUGAUAAACUAUCACGAAUGGGAAAAGAAUUAAUUGGUUUAUUUCCAUAUAAACUAAGGAACUUCACGAUUAGUGGAAAAGCUUUACACGGUCUUGUAUUAAAUAAUAUUUUUCGAGGUCUGAGAUAUCCAAAUUUGAAUUUGACAAUUUUCAAUACUAGUUUGGAAACAAUAUCAAGUGACGUUUUUCGACAUAUGGGGACUGUGAGAAAUAUAAGUUUAGAUAUUAGAAAUAAUUCGCUGAAGUCAAUAGGAAAUCCAUCUACUAAUAUUUCACCAAAUCAUCAUGGUCAAACAUUUUUAACUUCGCUAAAAGUGUCUGGGAAUCCAUGGACUUGUGAUUGCAAUAUUGGCUGGAUGGAAGUUUGGCAUCGUAAAAAACGUCAAUUUUUGUGUAACCAAGAAGACCCGUCAACAGUGCCUUCGAAUAGAUACAGAGACGUUGAACACUAUUCAAUUAGUAAAUCUACGUGUCUUAUUGGUGACGAAGAUCUUGAGAUAGCUGCUUGUGGAGAUAGGAAAAAACCACUAGCCGAAGCUUUUAAAAACGACAUUGAAUGUGGGUGGGGAGCAGCCGGUAAAUUCAAAUUGCAUUUGACAAUUAUUGUUUCUGUUUUAAUGGUAUACAUAAUAAUGAUAUAACUCUCAAAAUAAAACUAAUAUAAGACAAAAAAUCUUACACGAUUAGGUCCUAAUAACAUGCGUUGAAAUAUUAUAACAAAUAUAAUAAAUUAUUAUUUAUUUCAGAUAGUUUUUUUAAAUCAAAUCUACUCACAAAAUCAAAGAAAAUAUUCUAACAUAGUAAAUCUAGAUUUCAUGUAAGA